AUGAAAGCCGCUCAGAUCGUCAACAAGAACGAACGCUAUACACUCUGCGAUGUGCCUGCUCCAACGGCUGGACCUGGACAACUUCUCAUACAGGUCAAGGCGGCUGGCUUCUGCCAUACAGACAUCAUGGUGUCGCACGGCGACUUUGGCUCGCCAUACCCGAUCACUGGCAGCCAUGAGCCCGCGGGCAUUGUCGUCGCUGUCGGCGAGGGCGUGCAAGGGUGGCAAGUUGGUGACCGGGCUGCGUCUCUCAACAAGGUGACCGAGUGUGGCGAAUGCCACGACUGCAAGCACCUCGACUCUGCGUUCUGUCCCAACGGAAACCUUGCUGGUCUGCACACGGACGGCUCGUUUGCAGAGUACUUUGUCAGCUUGGCCAAGAACUCGGCCAAGGUGCCCGAGUCCAUGCCGUGGGAAGUGGCCGCACCCAUGCCUUGUGCGGGCAUCACGAUAUACAAGGCGAUCCGCAAAGCUGGCCUGCAACCGGGCGGCGUGCUUGCCAUCUCUGGUCUUGGCGCCCUCGGCCACAUUGGCGUGCAGAUGGCCAAGGCCAUGGGCUUGUUUGUGGUCGGCAUCGAUGCGCGACCUGGGCCGCUUGAACUGUGUGCCGGUCUCGCCCUGGCCCCCGACGUCCUCAUUGACGCGUCCAAGACAAGUGCCGAAGAGGCUGUGGCGCUCAUCGACAAGAAAGUCAAAUCAACCUUUAGCGAGGAGCGGCCAUCUGGGGUUGAUGCUGUGGUUGUGACUGCUGAAGUGCCUCCUGCCCUCCGCUUCGCGUUUGACAUUACCAAGCGGCAUGGGACGUAUGUGCUCGUCUCGCAGCCCGAGGAGCUGCGCAUUCCCUUCCGCGAGCUCAUCUUCAAGAAUGUUACGGUUGUGGGGUCGCUGCAAGGCAACGGUGCGGACCUGCAGGAGACCAUUGAGUUUGUGACGCAGCACGACAUCCAAGUGCACACGCGGACGUGGGCGGGGCUGGAGCAGGUUGGGCCCAUGUGGGACGAGCAGGUGAGCCCGGGGCAAGUGGGGAAGAAUGUAGUGCUGUUUUAG